AUGGACAAUGCUCCCUAUCAUUCUCGUCGACUGGAACGAAUACCAAAUAUGCAGUGGAAAAAAGUUGAUAUUCAGAAUUGGCUCACAAGCAAAGGUAUCUCGUUCCAGGAGACAUUAAUAAAAAGGGAGCUUAUAGACAUAUUAAAACCAAUAAAAGAAAAAUACUUGGCAUAUGCCACUGAUACAUAUGCUAAAGAAAAGGAUAUUGAAGUGUUACGUUUGCCCCCAUAUCACUGUGAAUUAAACCCAAUUGAGAUGAUAUGGGGGCAAGUCAAAGGCUAUGUUGCAGGGAAAAAUAAAACAUUUAAAAUGGAUGAAUUAAAAAGAUUAUUACAGGAAUCAAUGGAUCUAAUAACCCCUGCAGCAUGGCAAAAGUGUAUUGGCCACGUUAUACAAGAAGAAAAGAGAAUGAGAGACCUGGAUGGUAUAACAGAUAAUGUUAUUGACGAAUUUAUCAUUCAGGUUGCAGAUAGUAGUGGUAGUAGUUCAUCAGCAUCAGAAAGUGACACUGGAUGA